AUGGAGAUUACGGAUCCAGCCACUCCUCGUCGGCUCUACAACAAACCGGAUCAAGAGAGCUGCGGCGGCGGCAACGUCGACGGCCGGAGCAGUGCUAAUAGCUCCUCUCGCUCCUUCGACUGCACCUUCUGCAAGAGAGGGUUCUCCAACGCGCAAGCCCUCGGAGGCCACAUGAACUUGCACCGCAAGGGCAAGACCAGGCUCAACUCCUCCUCUCCUUGCGCCCAAUUCCCUUUCGACGUUGCUGUCGCCGCCGCCGACGGAAUCGCUUGCAUGUCACCCUCUUCUCGAGCGUCGAAGAGCCUCGGCGAGGAUGAAGUGGAGAAGAAGGGGAUGUCCGGCGUGGUGGACGCAGAAUUGGAUCUUGAGCUCCGGCUGGGCCGGUGA